GUGAAUCCAGAUCUCGUCAAGUUCAGGGCGCUGAAAUCCAAUUGUGACUGGGCCAUCAGCCAUCAUGCCAAACUCGACGGGCUCAUCAAGUCGAAGGGCGCAUCCUGGAAGGCCGCCGGCAAACUUCGCGAGCCCAUGGACACUGCGAUGCAGGUCGUGAACGCGACAUGUUCGGAGCACGGCCUCAUGUCGAUGAUGGCCUUGGCGGAAGGGAAGUCCAAGAAACAGGUUGGAGAUAAGAAGUUCGAAACAUGCGCGCAGAGGGCGAACGCCGCGCUGACGAAGAGCGCGGCGAUAUUGAAUUCAGAAGUGAGGACCCUGAUGAACCAGAGGCUUGCGGGGGACGACGAGGAUGAGAGGCUGAGGUUGGCAGCGAAGCCGAAAGGGAAGAAGGGCAGCGCAGAGGAGAGGACGAAGGAUCACAAGGAGGAGGAUAAUGAGGGGAAGGGCAAGAAAGGCCGCAAGAAGAAUAAGAACAACGACUCG